AUGGAUAACGCGAUCCCCAAAGUGAAGGUGCCGUUGCGGCCCACAGAGAUACUGCGCCAACCAGCAAUGCACAAACGCUCUGCUUCGGAGCAGAGUGCUGCACCUUACAUGCCACAGCGCACUGUGGCAGUACUUUUGCGCCCGCGCUCAAAAGAUGCAGACCCACCAAAUGCGACCAACACAUUUGCAUUCCUACCGAUGCACUCGGAAGCCAAUGAGCACACCUCAAUGGAGAUGGUCCCUGUGAUGGUCUUGGGUUCAGCUGGCGUGCUCGAGGGGUACAUCCAGCUGCCCACUUCGUUUAUUGCUCCGGAACCGCCGACGCACGAAGAAACACCGGAGAUCGUUCCGAGCACGAGCACGACACCAUCGUACUUACAGCAUCGUGCACUACCCCCCGUGCCUGAUUCUACCUAUCAUUCACGUAGCGAGUCGCCCACUAUCAGCCCCACAUGCGAUCUUGUCGAAAUGCGCCCUGGGAGCACAACGACAGCCCUGCAUGGCGAAUUGGGCGCCCCACCCGAGACUCCACGCUCGAAUCCGGUGCUCCCAGAGCAUCACACGCCAAAAAAGCCUAGCCGUGCAGAGGCAGACGAAAUUCAGUUCUGCCACACAAUGCGGGCAUGGCAGAGUGCCUUUCACACGUUUGAUGCUUUGGAGAAAGAUGUGCAAGAGUGCAUUGACGCGGUUCCCGCCAUGCUUCGGCCUCAUACACCCAGUCCAUGUGCAAUUCAAGGCGUGCCCAUCACAGACAGCUGCAAUCUAAGCAAGUCACCUGCGCCGCGUCGCAAAGGAUCGCGCAUGGGACUGCUCGGCAAAGACAGUGCGCCGAGGCCAGCCAUGCCGCUGCGCCUGUCUAGGGAGCCUGAACAGGCAGUGCAGCGCGGCAUUGCCGAUGUCCCGGAAGACAUUUGCCUAGAAUCAAGUCCUGAGACAAUGCCCCAGGCAAACACACCAGUGAUUCAGGGCCCGCCGCAAAAUCUGUGGAGUGCACACACAGACCAAGCGCAGCGCCGUGGAUUGCGGCAUCUAGGCAAAAAAAUCGCCACGUUCCUUACUUCACCAAUACAUUCGGAAGAGGUGCAUCCUUCGGAGCACGUACGUAUGGGGCGCCGCAAUGUGCCUGCCGCGCUGCCGCACCACAGUGUAUUUGCAAAUGCACAGGAGGAGUGA